CCUCAAAGCGGUAGUGUGUUACAAACGUCUAAACGCUGAGGAAGUAGACUUGUCCGAUGUCAACUUGCCCUGAUAUGCAAAUUAUCUCGACAAUAUGUAAUAUUUUUCAUGACUUAAACAAUAAUCGACAAGAAGUGCUAUAAGCAGUCAUGCCAGCUCAGCCCGCUUCCAGAGAGCCAGAGGAGGAGAUGGAGACGGAGGCCGACUCUGAGCUUCCUCAAACUAACGGUGAGGCGGAGGAGGAGCGAGAGAGAGAUGGAGGAGAGGCAGAGGAGACGAUGGAGGAGAGUGGAGAGGAUCGGGACAGCGACCUGGAGGACAGUGAGGGAGAGGAGGAAGAGGAAGAAGAGGAAGAGAGUUCAGAAAUGGAUGAUGAAGAUUGUGAGAGAAGACGAUCACAGUGCCUGGAUGAAAUGUCUGACCUAGAAAAACAAUUCCUGGAGUUAAAAGACAAGCUUUUCCAAGAACGUCUGCACCAGGUUAAAAUGAAGCUGGAUGAGGUGUUGACAGGAAAGGCAGGAGAGUACAAAGAACCUCUGGCAACACUGCAGCAGAACCUACAACAGAGGACACAAGUGGCAGGUGUGUACAGAGAACUAUGUCUGCAAGUGGUCAAACACAAACAUGAAUGUGAAGUGCAGGGGGCAAAACAACAUUUAGAGAGUGAGAGGACACUCUUGCUUGAUGCCAUGAAAACAGAACUGAUGGAGAAGAUCCGCAGACUGGAGGAUGACAAACAGAGUUCAGAAUGGUGGAAUGAUGACGAGAAGAUAAAGAAGUGUAAGAGAAGUCGUCACCUGAUUCGCCCAGACAGGAAAAAGAAGGCGGCUCUUGUGUCAGGGCCAUACAUAGUGUAUAUGCUAAGAGACAUUGAUAUACUGGAGGACUGGACAGCCAUCAAGAAGGCAAAAGCGGCACUGAUACCUCUGAAAAAGAAAGCAGACAACAGGCAGGUGUCCGUGCGAUGUGAAGAUGGGGCUCUCUUCUAUGAUGGAGAGAGAUUCUCCAAAGGCAGCAGCGUUGUGCUAGAAGUCAAUGACAACAGCCCAGCACAGGUCGUAAUAACAGGGAUCAGCGCAGGAGAGGUCUGGUUCAAGCGCACAGAUGGCACCAAAACCAAAAUCUACGUCUCCCAACUUCAGAAAGGCAAACACGCCAUACGGAAAGCUUAAAGAAGAUUAUAAUACGCUCAGAGAGUGUGUGAACCUUCCCUUUAAUAAUUACCAAAUAACACACCUUUAGAACAGCUUAUUAAAUCCAAUUAAAUGCUAUGCACUGAUAUUGAUCAGAACAGAUGCUGUUUAUUAUAUGUAGUGACUUUUGGUCCCAGAUCAUUCAAUUUUGGCCUUUCAAAUACAUAUUUCAUAAUGACUAUAUUAAUA